GCAUAUAUAGACAACAGACUUUUCUCUCUCUCUCUCUUAAAAAAGAAAAUCCUAAUUGAAGCAUUCUAAGACUUAUGCGAUAUUCACUCACAGGGCCUAAAGAAAAGCAGAGCAAUGGCAGAUUUUUUUCAAUCACAAAAAUUCAGAGAGAGUAUGGAUAUCCCUCCAAAUAUUUCAUACUCCAGUGGUUCUCUGGCUGAGGAGCUUCAGUGUUCAGUGUGUCUGGAUGUGUUUACUGAUCCAGUCAGCACUCCAUGUGGACACAACUUCUGUAAGAGCUGCUUGAACCAGUGCUGGGAGAAAAGUCAACAGUGCAGAUGUCCAUUGUGUAAAGAAACAUUCAGUAAAAGACCUGACAUCAAGAUCAACACAGCUCUUAGGGAGGUUGCACAGCUCUUUCAAAAAAAGCCCAGUUUGAGUAAAUCUGAAGUUCUCUGUGACGUCUGUGAUGAAAGAAAAAAGAAAGCCCUGAAAUCCUGCCUGCUGUGUCAGGCAUCUUACUGUGAAACUCACCUGGAGUUUCAUCACAAAAUCUAUUUAAAGAAACACAAACUGAUGGACCCUGUGGAGAAUAUAAAUGACUAUAUAUGUCAGAAACACGAGAGACCUCUGGAGCUGUUCUGUAGAGACGAUCAGACACGUGUGUGUGUGUUUUGCACUGAUGGAGACCACAAGACUCACAACACUGUUCCUCUAGAGGAGGAGUGUAAAGUGAAGAAGACUCAGCUAAUGAGGACACAGAAAGCCACGCAGCAGAAUAUCCAGGACAGAAUCGAGAAGAUUCAAGGGAUUAAAUACUUUGCAAAACUCAGAAAAAAAAGCACAGAGCGAGAGAAAGCAGCCAGUGUUGAGCUCUUCAGUGAUCUGAUACACUCCAUUGAGAGAUCUCAGACUGAGCUGCUGGAGAUGAUGGAGGAGAUGCAGAAAGCAGCAGAGAAACAGGAUGAAGAGCUCAUUCAAGAGCUGCAGCAGGAAAUCACUGAGCUCAAGCUAAGAAAGACUGAGCUGGAUCAUCUCUUACACACUGAGAAUCACCUCCAGCUCCUACAGAUUGAUCCAUCCCUGUGCAGUCCUCCACACACCAGGAACCGGCCUGAGAUCAGUAUGAACACUGAUGUGAGUGUGGAGACUCUGAGGAGAGCUCUGACUCAGCUGCAGGAAACUCUAGACCAGAAACUCAGUCAAACUGUAUUGAGGAAGAUGCAGCAGUAUGCAGUGGAUGUGACUCUGGAUCCUGACACAGCUCAUCCAAAACUCAUUCUGCCUAAUGAUGGAAAACAAGUGCGACAUGGAGACAUUGAGCACAAACUGCCAGAUUACCCAGAGCGGUUUGAUAAGUGUGCCUCUGUCCUGGGAAAAGAGGGAUUCUUGUCAGGAAGAUUUUAUUUUGAAGUGCAGGUGAAGGGAAAGAAUAUGUGGGAUUUAGGAGUAGCCAGAGAAUCUAUUAACAGGAAGGGAAAGAUCAGAGUGUGUCCAGAGAAUGGAUUCUGGACUGUGGCUCUGAGGAAUGGUGAUGAAUAUUGGGCUUGUACUGAUUCCUAUGUCCUUCUGUCUCUGAGAGUAAAGCCACAGAAGGUGGGGGUGUUUGUGGAUUAUGAGGAAGGUCUUGUCUCCUUCUGUGAUGUAGAGUCCAGAUCUCAUAUCUACUCUUUCACUGGUCAGUCUUUCACUAAUCGACUAUGUUCAUAUUUUUGCCCCUUUCCUGACGAUACUGGUAAAGAUUCAGCACCAAUGAUCAUCUCACCUUUCAAUUACAAUGGAUGAAUUUACAACCGAGAUAGUGAAAUAAACAAUGAAAACAAAGAAAUGUAAUACAUUUUUAUCUGAAAGUCGGAUAUGUUGUAUGCAGCUGCUAUUAGUCAAAUGAUAAAAUGUUAAUAUCAUAAUAUUUUCUAUCUGAUGUUUUAACUUUGAAAAUCUGUUAUUAUUGUUAUCUGUAAAAUUGCACUUUACAGCUCGAAUUAACGUUAAUGGCAGUAAAACACCAUCCUGUAUCCUUUUCACACAUAGGCUAUAAUAUCCAUAAUAUUUUUUCUUCUCACAUCCCAUUAGAUUACAUGGAGAGGGUUAGGGAUAUAUGACCUGCUGGGUCCAGCCACCUGGGGGCAAUCGUUGUGGCUUCCCUUUCAGUGCUUGUGCGGCACACUUGGAGAGCACUGCUGGUGAGGGCUUCUGUUUUUCUGUGAAAGUUAAUCUGAACUGAUAAACAACAGUCUGAAAGCUUUUUAACUUUUUAAUAAACAAUUUUUUUUCUGAGACUCUUUUUAAGACACACAGUAUGUGAACAUAUGCCUAUGUGACAGACUUGUGAGAGAAAUGUAUUUUAAAAUUUUAUGGUACAGCAGAGUGUAUAAUUAAAAGCAGGGCAGAACAAUUACAUGCGCAUAAUUCGUACGUAGUUGUAUUUCAUUAACGAUGAAAUACAACAACGUACGAGUUAUGCGCAUGUAAUUGUAUGUAAUUUGCGCAUGUAAUUUUACUGUUGUGGGUAGCGCAUAGAAUAACAAAAAUAUAUAUCUCUUUAUUGUGUUUGGGCCACCCUGGACGAGCGAGCAUAGGCACUGGCCUGUCAGACACUUCCCGUGUAUUGUGUAUGUUUUUCUCCCUGUGACUCAGUUUUCUUCCUCAUGUUGAUUAAUUUGAUUCCAAGUGUUUUCUAUGUGUUUCCAUUCCAUGUGUGUCUCGUUAUCCCAUUAUCCUCUUAUGUGUAUUUAAAGUGUUCCCUGUUCACAGUUCUCUGUCGGCUGUUGUAAAUGUCAUCUCCUCCAUACUCCUUGUAAUUCCCCAUCUUCGAAUUAAAAAAAAUAAUAAUGU